AUGUAUAUAAGGCUCCGUGAUUUGAUAAGUUAUACCAGGAACCUUUCACGCUCAUUCACAGUAGGAGGCACUUCUCGACACCUCAAAUGGUUCACAGGCGGCGCUGCUGUCACUAUCUCUGGUUUAGCUUACUAUUGCAAUGAAAAAUGGGACCAAGCUGAGCUGUCGCCUGAGCAUUUCACGAAAUACAGAAUAAGUUACAAUGAUAGAAUAGAUUCUGACCAUUUUAUGCUGGAAUUGACCCCUCUCGAGUCCCAGAAAGUCGAUUUGUGGACCGCGAUGAGGUCUGAGAAAUUAUGGUCUGUCCAGAUCAAACAGCCUGAAUGCAUGGUUGUGAGAAACUACACGCCGCUACCUCUCGAGCAUGUUGGAAACGGGCGAAUUCAGCGAUUUUCCAAGGGCAGUUAUGAAGAGGGAAAGCUAUUUUUCUACUUGAAGAGAUAUCACACCGGUGAAGUGGCCCGAUGGUUGAGUGAGUUGCCCGAGGGCCAUGUAAUCGAGUUACGUGGGCCAUAUAUUGACCACGAGCUGCCGAAACAAUCAAAUGACAAAAAGUCUUCUUACGAUAUCGCUACUUUCACGGCAGGCACUGGGAUAGCUCCAAUCGCACAAAUAUUGCUAACGAACACGCCGUUUGCGGGAAGGAUUUUGAUGCUUCAUUCGUGCUCUACCAGACAAGAUUUAGGUCCUUUAAAACCCCUGCUGGAGGAGGCACUAAGCAACAAACGGGGCGUGCUGCACUAUUUCGAGUCUGCGAAUGGACGCGAUAUACGCAAAAUUCCAAACGAGGUGAUGGCUUUGAUACCGAAACCCCACACUGAAAGAGAAAGUGAAACCUCCAUAAGUCCAAUUUUGUCGCUGGUAUGCGGUCCUGAUGGCUAUCUAGCUACAAUGACAGGCGCAAAGCACGGUUUACUACAGGGACCAGUGCUAGGACUGCUUGCCCAAAAGAAUUGGGACAGUUCAAACGUGUUCAAAUUAUCCUGA